AUGGGUCACCAUUCUUGCUGCAACCAACAGAAAGUUAAGAGAGGGCUUUGGUCCCCUGAGGAAGAUGAGAAACUCAUCAGAUACAUUACCACUCAUGGCUAUGGCUGUUGGAGUGAAGUUCCAGAGAAAGCUGGGCUUCUAAGGUGUGGCAAGAGUUGUCGUUUGAGAUGGAUUAAUUAUUUGAGACCUGAUAUUAGAAGAGGCAGGUUUACACCUGAGGAGGAGAAACUAAUUAUAAGCCUUCAUGGGGUCGUAGGCAACAGAUGGGCUCAUAUUGCAAGCCACUUGCCUGGUAGAACUGACAAUGAAAUAAAGAACUAUUGGAAUUCUUGGAUCAAAAAGAAAAUAAGAAAGCCUUCAGUGUCUUCAACAACCAUUGCACAAAGAGUCGAUCAAUCCCAGUUCAAUUAUAAUUCCAAUCAACUAGGUCACUUUGCCAGCCAAGAUAAUCAUCUAACAGCAAAAACAUCAGUGGAAGAAACCUUAUUUUCUUCCACAUGGCCCUUGUUUAUGUUUGAAACUAUUUCACUUGAUGGGACUUCAACAAAUAGCAAUGUACGAGUAGAACACUUCCAAGUCGAUGCAGUGGGUUUGAACUCUGAACCAUGGAACUUGAGCCACCAUCAAGUCCAGGCACUUCCUCCUUCAUCAGCAACAACUUUUGCAUUGGGUGUAGGUUUGGACACCACGAAUUAUCUACCACCAUUGAUAGAGAACGUGCAAAGCAUGGUGCCAAUUGAAGCACAAUCUUGUAAUAUGGACGAGGAAGGAGAUAUACCUCUUGAGUGCUUGCAGAGGCAAGAGUUAAAUGAAUGGGUUGAAACCCAACAACAAUGUUCUAACUUUGUUUUUUGGGACAACGUUGAAGCAGAACUUGGUGGGGAAGAACUAGCACCAAAUUCAUCAAAUAUGGGAGCAAAUACACUUUCUCCUUUUCCUUCGUCUUUGGAUCCAAUCGAGUUUCUUUUGCAUUGUUUUUGUCUAUUUGUUCAGAUCAUUACGGAGAAGAACCGUAGGGAGAUCUGCAAAUACUUGUUCCAAGAGGGGGUUUGCUUUGCAAAGAAGGAUUUCAAUUUGGCAAAGCACCCAGAGAUUGAUGUGCCAAAUCUACAAGUGAUUAAGCUGAUGCAAAGCUUCAAAUCGAGAGAGUACGUGAGGGAGACAUUUGCUUGGAUGCACUAUUACUGGUUCCUUACCAAUGAUGGCAUUGAGUUCCUCAGAACGUACCUUAAUCUUCCUUCAGAAAUCGUCCCUGCUACUUUGAAGAAACAAGCCAAGCCACCUGGUAGACCGUUUGGUGGACCACCCGGUGAUCGCCCAAGGGGUCCACCACGUUUUGAAGGGGAACGUAGAUUUGGUGACCGUGAUGGAUACCGUGGAGGUCCCCGAGGACCUGGUGGUGACUUUGGAGGAGACAAGGGAGGAGCUCCUGCUGAUUACAGGCCUUCUUUUGGGGGUUCUGGCGGAAGGCCUGGCUUUGGUCGUGGAUCUGGUGGUUUUGGGGCUCCAACCAGCUCAAAUCUUGCUUAAGUAUAAUGAUUUCUGCUUUAGAUUUUGCUUAGUGUUCUAGAAAAUGCGCCUGUUGGAGUCUGUGAUAGAUUCCCGUCCCAGAAAUUGUUUGAUUAAUCUGACUCUACUUUAUAUUCGGUUUUUUAUUCAAUGAAGAUUUUGAAUCGAGUGUU